ACAUUCAUACAUACAACAGAUAGAUAUAGAGAGAGAAAACAAAAGAUAGAAAUCUAGAGCGAGAGAGAAGAUAUAUGCAUAAUCAACAGCGUCCAUAACAUGAAUCUCUCUGUCUGUUUGGGCCAUGAAUUUGUUAUUAAAGCCCUGGUUAUGAUUUCCCCCUAAUUCGAAUGAAAACCCUAACCCUAAUCUUCGUCGGGUCCUCCAUUUGUGUUCGGAUCCUCUCUGUUCAUCGCCAAUUUUCAAUCUUUCGCUCCGGAGGGUUUAAAGAUAAUUCAUCUAUCAGUUUAUGUUAGAGGUAGUAGGAGUAUAGAGAGUGAAGAUUAGUAUCUACAUUAUAUCUAGAGAGAUAUAAGAAUGGGAAGCUCUGAUACUGAGACAAGUAGUGGUGUAGUGGACAGUACUGUUGGGGCAAUUGUUUGGGUUCGGAGACGGAAUGGGUCAUGGUGGCCGGGGAAGAUUUUAGGCGCUGACGAGCUAUCAGCUUCUCAUCUUAUGUCUCCUCGAUCUGGGACUCCGGUUAAGCUUCUUGGAAGGGAAGAUGCUAGUGUGGAUUGGUACAAUUUGGAGAAGUCCAAGCGUGUGAAGGCCUUCAGAUGUGGCGAGUUUGAUGAUUGUAUUGACAAAGCUGAGGCCUCGCAAGGAAUGCCUCCUAAAAAAAGAGAGAAAUACGCCCGUAGGGAAGAUGCUAUUAUUCAUGCUCUUGAACUUGAAAAGCAUUUUUUGGAGAAACAGUAUGGAAAACUGGGUUCUUCCAAUUAUAAGAGCAAUAUAAAAAAGGAGUUGGCUACAUCUGCAGAAAGCAUGAGGCAUGACAAUGGCAAACUCACAGAGCCAAAAUCUGAACAACCUACAGGGGGACUGGAUCUGCCACAUGGGGGCAUCAUUAGCCCUCACCUACAAAUACAGGAAGUUAGAGAGGCAAAGCAACUGAGUGGGGAUGAUGAUAAAGCUGAUGUACUUCCUCGUAUGAGAGGUUUGGAGGACAUUGGUCUCAGGACUACUACCAAGAGUAUGAUUAUUCCUCCAAUUGAUUCUACUGGUCAAUUAAAAUCUCCUUUGGGUGAUGGUUCUCAUGCUCCUUUCAAUGGUGAUGCCACUGAGAAUACUAGUCAUGUCAAUGACAAAAUUUCCUUAGAAAAAAGGAAGAGGUCUAACGAGGGGUUUGAUGAAGAAUCCUUAGUCAAGAGACGUGAUAAGCGCCGCCCGCUUGUUCAAGUACUAGAGAGUAGUGCAAAGUUACCAGCUCCUUCCUCGUUAAAGCCUGAAGGUGGUAUUGUUUCUACAUAUAUACAAGUGGAGGAGCAGACAGGAGGGGAAGGUAGUGCAAAGAGGAGCAAAUGUGUAUACCAGACGAAGUCCAGUAAUUCAACAGAUAAUACUGAAACCCAUUCUGAACAUUUGGAAGUUUCGGCAUCCAAACUUGAAGUUAAUAGCAAUCCUCCUCCUGCUCUUGGGAAGGACAGCACUUCUGGAUCAACGGAAGAUACAGAAACAGACUCUUCUGAGACCGACUCUGUUGAAUCAGAUUCAGACGAAGAAAUGGAUGAAAUUUCAGAUGAAUCUGUAGAAUUCAUGCCAAAGUUUAUGCUUAAAUCUGAACUUCAAGAAGAAGACGACAGCACUAGCACCGAGGAGCCUGAUGAUCCCACUACUCCCAGUGACAUGUCUCACCCUUCUAACGAUGAUGUUUCAGCAAGUGCUGGGGUCUCCAAAUGGCAAUUAAAAGGGAAAAGGAACACUCGAGCUCUUACUAAAAGAUAUGUGGAUCUGAGCGAUGGGAAAGUUUUAAGAGGAUCCAACCAGGGACCUAAAAUAAAAGAAAAGGGAAGCUAUGCUGAUUUGAUGGAUAGCUUUGAUAAGAAGUAUGGAACCCGAAUAGGUGGAUAUGGCUCUAGAGGCGUGGAUGGUAUCAGUCGCGGUAUUACCAGCUGGGAGGACCUUGCAUGGAAUGAUCAACCGGCGUCAAAAGGAUACUGGGGUGACUUUAUUGAGUAUACUGAUCCUGUAUUUUCUGGUCGUCGUUUUGGUGAUAGGAGGAAGUGCAUGUUGAUAGAAGUGGAUUUGAAAGUCCAAUCAAAUUAUCAAAGAGAGCAUGUUCCUAUGAUUUCACUCAUGAGCAAGUUAAAUGGGCAGGCGAUAGUUGGGCACCCUAUUCAAAUAGAAGCACUGGAAUAUGGAUCAACGGAAGGUCUUAUGACUGCAGCUGAUGAACUUAACCAAGACAAUGAUACAUCACUUCCGCCAGUUUGGAGGACUGCCAGGAGGACAGCUAAUUGUCGAGUUCCACGCCCACGCGCGUCAACAGUGGAUGCAGAUGAAGGUGCUGAGCAUUUGCAGCAUGUAUAUCAAGACAGAAAAAAUUCAUUAAAUAAAUCAAAUGGGGGCAACUUUAGCAACAGGCAGAGUUUGGCUAGAAAAAGCUCCACCCAUGGUUCCCGUCCAACUGAUAAAAGGUUACUUAGGAAGCCUGCAAAGAAGACAAGUGUAGCAUCCAAUCAAAAGACGAGAACACUUUCUUCAAUUGCAACGCAGCAGAAACCCAACAAUAUUCUGAAACCUGGUUCCAACAGUUCUUUGAAUGGGUUUAUUAAACCAGAGAUCGCGCCCCCUGCAGUUGCUUGUAUCCCUAUUAAGCUAGUAUUCAGUAGGUUACAUGAGGAGUUGGCUGGCCGUCAUCAAUAAAACGAAUUUGGGAUCAAGUGAAGAAAUACUCGGAAGUAAUCAGAUGUAGCUACAUGUAAAUUGUAAGACCAAUAAUGUAAUACUGGCAGUGGGUCUAGAAUUUUUUUUCGUCCUCUAUAACAUUAAAGCACAGUUACGAGGAUAGAACUUCUGCAGACCAGCUGAAUAACAGAUGAUGCAGGUAGAGUUGAGCAUGUUAUGUUCAUCUGCCAUCACUUUUAGCUGCUCAAAAAUUUACAUGUUCUCCUGAGGAUGAGGAAGAAGUAUGAGCUGUGCUAUUCAGUAAAGAGCCUAGACUGGUAGAUAGUAAAUUUCUGAAAUUACAGAGAUGAUUGUGUAUAUGUAUUUCUCUCUGAGUUCUUGACUUCUUGUAGCUGCAAAUUUUAGCUUCAUUUUGAAAUAUUAUAAAACAAAGUUAGUACUAUGAAGAUAA